GCGCUCGCUCUCUCCUCCCCCCUCCGGUUCCCCGUGGCGCGGAGAGUCGAGCGGCGGCUGCGGCAGCGAGGGCGGCGGCGGCGGCUGCAGUGACAUGUCCAGCAUGAAUCCCGAAUAUGAUUAUUUAUUCAAGUUACUUCUGAUUGGUGAUUCUGGUGUUGGAAAGUCUUGCCUCCUCCUUAGGUUUGCAGAUGAUACAUAUACAGAAAGCUACAUCAGCACAAUUGGUGUGGAUUUUAAAAUAAGAACUAUAGAGUUAGAUGGGAAAACAAUCAAACUUCAAAUAUGGGAUACAGCUGGCCAAGAAAGAUUUCGAACAAUAACCUCCAGUUAUUACAGAGGAGCCCAUGGCAUCAUAGUUGUGUAUGAUGUGACAGAUCAGGAAUCCUUCAAUAAUGUUAAGCAAUGGCUGCAGGAAAUAGAUCGUUAUGCCAGUGAAAAUGUCAACAAGUUGUUGGUAGGGAACAAAUGUGAUCUGACUACAAAGAAAGUUGUAGACUACACAACAGCAAAGGAAUUUGCUGAUUCCCUUGGAAUUCCAUUCUUGGAAACCAGUGCUAAGAAUGCAACGAAUGUAGAACAGUCUUUCAUGACUAUGGCAGCUGAGAUUAAAAAGCGAAUGGGUCCUGGAGCAACAGCUGGUGGUGCAGAGAAGUCCAAUGUUAAAAUUCAGAGCACUCCAGUCAAGCAGUCAGGUGGAGGUUGCUGCUAAAAUUUGCCUCCAUCCUUUUUCUCACAGCAAUGAAUUUGCAAUCUGAACCCAAGUGAAAAAACAAAAUUGCCUGAAUUGUACUGUAUGUAGCUGCACUACAACAGAUUCUUACCGUCUCCACAAAGGUCAGAGAUUGUAAAUGGUCAAUACUGACUUUUUUUUUAUUCCCUUGACUCAAGACAGCUAACUUCAUUUUCAGAACUGUUUUAAACCUUUGUGUGCUGGUUUAUAAAAUAAUGUGUGUAAUCUUUGUUGCUUUCCUGAUACCAGACUGUUUUCCCGUGGUUGGUUAGAAUAUAUUUUGUUUUGAUGUUUCUAUUGGCAUGUUUAGAUGUCAGGUUUAGUCUUCUGAAGAUGAAGUUCAGCCAUUUUGUAUCCAACAGCACAAACAGUGUCUGUCACUUUCCAUGCAUAAAGUUUAGUGAGAUGUUAUAUGUAAGAUCUGAUUUGCUAGUUCUUCCUUGUAGAGUUAUAAAUGGAAAGAUUACACUAUGAUUAAUAGUUUCUUCAUAUCUGCAUAUAAUUUGUGGCUGCAGAAUAUUGUAAUUUGUUGCACACUAUGUAACAAAACAAUGGAAAGAUAUGUUUAAUAAAUAUUGUACUUAUUGGAAGUUAUAUCAAA